AAAAGCAAGUAGUGUGUUUGGAUCUGCGAAUGUGAGUGAACGUGACCCUAUUCGGGGAAUGAAAUACUCGCAAACGACCUUACCUGUUAACGCUGCAGAUAAUGCUGAGUAAUCAAAUCCUGGAAUCGAUUUCAAUGUGAUCCUAUCGGAUGUGUGUGACCUCGGGCUGGGUUUGCGAGCAAGUAUUAGGAGAGAAGUGACCGUGUUUAUGGCUAAACCUGUGAAAAGUUAGAGUGUAUGAAAUCGCCAGUCUUUCUACUCUGAAGCUUGUAUUAUACUACGCUGUCUUCAAGAUGCAUUGGCGGCCAGCGUUCCUUGCAAUGUGGGUAGGUCUAGGCAUACUACAGUGUUCUACGCAAUUGCAAGAAGAAGGUUUAGUUCUAAAAGGAAGACUGUGCUGUGAGGAAAGCAAAAUUCUCACUGACAAUGGUUGCGUGCCUGGUGCCAACAAAGCCACUUUCUCACCGCCAAUCUCCGCAAAUCUGUCUCAAAUUACAAGCAACGUCUCGUGGUCUCUCGAGCCGUUAAAAUGUUCCAGCGGAUACUACGUUAACCACCUUCUUCUGGAUGGACGGGAUAAUACGCUAGAUGAAGAGGAGGGAAAGAUUUACCUGAGAUGGUUGGAGGUCAUGGUCUUCAAAAGCAGCUCUGACUACUGCGUGGGGCCGACUGCGGACGGCGGCUACGCGGCUCGGACUUGCCACCCUAAUGUCGAGAAGAUCUGCACGACGGAAACGUGUGUCCAGAAGUGCUGUGGCGACGGAGAGGUUGUGGAGCUGGCAUCGAAGAGCUGCAUAAAACGGGAUGUGGGCGGAUUUUCUCCCGAAUUCCGUACGCUCCAUGGAAGUCCAAUCCCAAGACCCGCGAAUAUUUUGGUGAUCGAGAAGAUGCCUGUUUGCGAAUUUUUGGUUCUCCUCAACCCCCGCGCCAAACCGAAACAGGAGUUCUACCUGCUCCCGAGUGGGACUUUGUAUGAACCGUACUACAACGAAGAAUUCAUGCCGGGCAGAUAUUGUCUGGAAUACUUCGUGGAAAUGUCAGCCGACGUCGCCUUCGUAUGUCGGGAACCUCUAAGUAAGGCCAUAAUAGUCAAGAACCAUCUGCAGGCGGCCGGGUUGGUGGUGUCGUGUGUGUUCCUGUCGGUGACCAUCGUGUGCCACCUCGCCAUCAAACGGCUGCGCGACAUCCAAGGCCUCUGCCUCCUGUGCCACAUGGUGUCGCUGCUGAUCGCUGACGUUGUCCUCUUCAUAGGAUCUCAGUUCUCAAAAGAAAUUAGCAAGUCCCACUGCGUCUUUAAUGGUUUUCUCCUACAGUAUUCAUUUCUUGCGACGUUCUUCUGGCUCAAUGUCAUGUGCUUUGAUGUAUGGCGCGUCAUUAAGGCGACCGUGAAGCUGGUGCCACUGCGGGGUAUCUUAGCCAAUGAUGCCAAGAAGUUCAAGCUGUACUGCGCGUAUGCUUGGGGCGUCCCUCUGGUCGUGACGCUGGUGACCAUCGCGAUGCAUUUCCUGCCCGACGAGAAGGUUUCGGACGCGCUCCUUCGGCCGGGCUUUGGCCUGGAGUCUUGCUGGUUCAGUGGCGAUUAUGAACUUCUGAGUUACUUCUACGGGCUGGUCGGUCUGCUUUUUCUCCUGAACAUGAUUCUCCUCGGCCACACACUCGCGAUGCUGUUCCAGGCCGGCGGCGUCUUCACCCACUGCUGUUCUCGGAAAACCAGUUCACUCACAGCCUUCAACCGGAGUCACCUCGAUGCCUUCUGGCAGCGGUUUAGCCUCUUCUGUUUGAUGGCGCUCUGUUGGGUCACGGAAAUUCUCUCCUGGAAAAUUUAUCCUCAGGAAAUGUGGAUCCCGACAGACUUCAUCAACUCCCUGCAAGGCUUCAUCGUGUUCGUGAUCUUCAUGAGGAGCCGGAAGAAGCGCGAGAUCGUGAGACAGUCGUGGGCGGGCACUGUGUCCACCGUGUCCCAGGCAGUGAGGAAAAUCUCCCGCACGGACGAAACCAGCGUCGUGUUGCACGUGAGCGACAACCAGGUGUGCAUCGCGAACCCCGACGGCUCGUCCUCGGGCAACAGCAAACUCACCGAAGAAAUGACUCCCAACUUGGACGAACGGAAGGACCGAGGGAGCGGCGACGGGGAGGCUUCGCCGGCGGGGGAGACCAACCCAAGCUUCCAAGCAGAUUAAAGCGGAUGUGGGGAUGUUAUCAGAAUUUAUCUUCUGAUAUGAGUGAAUGUGUUGUAGGAUACAGAAAUUGGGUUGCCCGGUAGGUGAAAAAAGUGCAAAUAGUUGAAAUUAUAAGGUCUAGCAAUGUUUAUAUCCUUAUUCGCUACAAGUAGAAUUGACUUAGAAUACGACACAUAUCUUACAAAACGUCUUUGGUAUAUAUUACCAAAGUAUGUACGUACACAUGUAUAUAUGAUAUACACGUAUACACAUAUACAUAUAUAGACAUAUAUAAUUUCAUAUAUAUAUAUAUAUAUAUAUAUGUAUAUAUAUAUAUAUAUAUACAUAUAUAACUUCAUCCAAAUCGUCAGGUAAACCACAUAAGGUGUUUUCUUUUCGCUGACAGUCAAAUUAUUAUGCCGUGGAAUGUGAAUGUCUAUACUUACCGCCAGUGGUGAAGGAACGAUGCAUACUACUUUGCACAGUUACCCAGAUGUCCUUUACAGCUGCAUCAAUUUCAGCUGUAUUAUUUACAACUGUAUGGGAAGGUUAUAUUAGAUUUAAGUAGAUCUCGUACAUGUAUGCUGACUCCGCCGCCUUGACCUGAACCACAUCUAUAAACGCUUGUGCUUUAAUAAAACUGUGUAAACAUAAA